AGGAAGAGAUGCGGGGCCACAGUUAUCUUCUAUCCACCGGCUUUCCCUAAUUGCCAAUUCAAGUCGUAUUGACUGUUAACAAAAUGCGUUUUUUGUUGUUGUUUGACAGAACUGAAAAUUAGUUGAACAAUUUUGUUAUUUCAACAACUUCUGGAAGGAAAGGAGGAAAACUAUAGGGACGAUAAAGUUUGGGUUUCCGCUGCCUUGAAUUAAUUCACAGCACUUUCUUAGUCGGUUUGAGCAAAGGAAAGGAAAGGAAAGGGAGGUAGUUCACUUAUCUGCAGUUAAGUCAAGCCAUCGUCAAUAAUUGCUCCAAAGCAAGUCCAUUUUUAUCAUAUCUAACUUGAAAACAGAACAACUACAAAAGUGUUCUUCUCUCCGUAUAGUUUAAAAGGAGGAAUUGAUUUUGUGUGACAUUUGACGUACCGGUUGUUUAUUUUUGUUGAUUAUCAGCGUCAGCAAAAUAAUUAGAAACUGCGUCAUUUUUGACUAGCUAAAUUGGUGGGACAAUCAACGCUAUUUUCUGAUUUGGAAGUUUUCUGAGUCUGUUUUUAAUAGAAUUUCCUUUUACUUAUCAUUUCCGACCUUUGGGCUGAAAUGAACAGGAAAAGAAGCUCCGGCUACAAAGUCAGCUCAGAUUCACAUCUAGUGGACUGGCAGCAGGUGAAGCGAAUGUACAGUAGGAAGACUCACUACAUUGGCUUCGUGGAUCUCUGCUCCACAGACAACAAGUUCUGCAAACUCCUCAUCAAGAGUCUAGAGCACAAUUGCAGCCUACUCAAAACUUCCCUCUUCCCGUCAAGGAAAUCAUCCGACCACACAUCCAUAAGGUCGUUCCAAUUAGACGAAGAUCAGGAGCCUCUGAUUGAAAACUCGGAUGAGGAGUGUGGGGCUGAAAGUGAGGCGCUCGCUGCUCUUCAGAAUUCAUACGUGGACGAGACUGAGAAACUGGCUCUGAAGGUAGCAUCGUUCAACUUCUGGGAAGCUCUCGCCUGCAUCAACCUCCAAGUCAAAACAAAGCAAUCGGACCGACUCGUAGGGAUGAUAAAAAGUGUGCUCUCUCGAUCCUUGUUAGCGCUGGAAAUGGACUCGCAAGGAACGGAAAUAUUUGACUACCUUCUGCCAAAGAAGGAAGCGGAGUUUCGGGAGAGGCUGAACAACCUGUUAGUCGGUUUCAUAAUAGUCACAAACAGCGAUGACGUCAUAACUUCCAGUCAGAAGCACUUUCCGUGCGACCAAGUUGAGAAAAAAAUGAACGAGUUGAAAGUUGCCAUGAGCGAGCAGUACAGUUUACACGACAUUCUGCAGCGUGAUCUCGGGGCACGUCGUGAGCCGAGGAAGUUUCCACUCGUUUUCGUCAACCCUGCGGGCUCCGAGUACAAAAACGGGCCAACUAUGAUCAGUCAGGAGAUUUUUUUGCUUUCCGAAACUUCCUGUGCAAUUUGUAUGGCUUUAAGUUCAAACUAUAAUUGCGCGUUUGCUGCGGACAUGACACAGGCCAUGGCUUUUUUGAUGGACCAGGACAUAUUCAUCAAAUACCCAGAAGCGAUAGACAGAGCUACCCUUGAGUUAAUUUGUUGA